AUGGUUGAGUGGGCCAACUGGCGCACCCUCACGGAGUCGGUCGAUUGGAGUGCUCGCGGUGGUAUCACCAAGAAUCCGUACGUGCUGACCGCGCGCACAUCAGGUUCGUCGUCUGGCUCGGGCUCGACGGUGGCGGCCAACAUGAUUCCUGUUGCGAUUGGCACGGAGACAGAUGGCAGCAUUGUCGGCCCGGCAUCGUUGCAGUCCGUCGUCGGGCUGAAACCAACGGUGGGUCUUGUAAGUCGCACGGGUGUGAUUCCUAUCUCGACGCGCCAAGACUCUCCAGGCCCCAUGGGCCGCACCGUGGCGGACGUGGCCCGUGUGUUGGAAGCCAUUGCCGGCUUCGACCCGACUGACCCCGCCUCCAAGGACGCCCCCGUGCCCAAGUACUCGCAAACAAGCACAUGA